AUGCUCUCAAGGCGGAUAAUUUUCGGACUGACCCUACCGCUCUCCACUCCUUUCCAUGCCUCCCCACCUCCCAGCUUUGGCAUCCUCAUUCUGACCACAAUGUCCGGCAACAAUGCUCUCAAGGCUGAUGAGUACGGCAACAAUUUCAACGUCAGGAAAUGGGUGAGUUUCGAUGCUCCUGGUGGUGCCUCAAAAUCUUUGAGGCGCCUCAGAGACCACAAUGCACUUAAAGCUGAUGAAUACGGCAACAACUUCAAUGUCAGGAAAUGGGCGGAAUCGUUAGUUGCGGCCGGCAAAGCAGAGGAAAUGAAAGACCCGCGAUUGGACGCCCCGGCAGAUUUGAUUCUGCGGCUAACGCAGCUGGCGCUGCGCUGCUCGGGCAUGCCGACCGUGUCUCGUCCUGACAUGAUCCAGGUGGUAUCUGAGCUCACGGCGCUCAGGAAGGAGUUUCUGGGGAAGGUGUCAUCUAGGAUGGCUGAGAGGAUUGAUGAGGAGAACUCGCUCGACAGCUUCCGCGCCAAGGUCAAGCCGCUCGUGAUUGCGCGCCCCGCCACCGCUGACGAGGCGCCCGGCGAGCGCCAUCCUCUAGAAAUCUGGGAGAUUAACUACGACGAGAUUUUCCCCAACUCCGCGCGCCUCGCGAAGCAGUUCGCCGAAAAGUCGCUCAAGCUGUCCAGCCCGCCCGUUCCCAGCGCCGCAUCACCCGCCGCAUCAUUCGUCGUACCAUCAGCGGCUUGCGCUUCCGCUGCGCGGACAGCGCCCCAGCAGCUCACUCCCCGCGAUCGAGUUUCUGAGGCGCUCCCGUCGCUGUCCCCCGACGUUGACAAUUCUAGCCCGCUUUCCGAGCUCGCCUCCCCACAAUCUCCCCCCAGCAUCACCAUCCCCGCGCGCGCGCUCGACGAUUUCACCUCCCCCCCGUCGUUCCCCCAGCUGCGCGCGCGCAUGCUCGGUUGCAAGCUCGGCACGCCUUGCAUCGUGUCGCUCGCGCGCACGCCCGGCGAUCCCGGCGCGUGGGACGCCGACGACGAGGAGUACGAGUCGGAAGAGAGCACCCGGCGGCGGUUCCGCCGCUCCGGUAGCACCGGCGGAAGCCGCCACUGGGUUGGCGAGAAGGUGGGGGCAGGCGCGGAAGGCGGAAAUUACAAAGAGCGCGCGCGGGGCCCGUCUCCGCUGUCCGGGCGAGAUGUGGCGGGGAGUUGCGGGAGCCCGCAGCGGCAGCAGCACGGUACGGGAAGGGUACUCGUCAAGCGCUGCUCCGAUCCCGUUAUGAGGAGUCCCAGAGAGGUGCCGAAUCAUGGGUCACGAUUGCAGCAGGUUCGGGAUGCCGAACCUGAGUCUCGGCACCGGCUGGCUCGAACAAGCAGCAAAGGCUCGGAAACGUCGGUGCGCAGCUCCUCCGCCGGCCGGCGACGACGGUCGUGCGGACGGUUUAGCGAGUCCGCAAGCGUGGGUUCGCAGAAAGUUCGCAUGACGGUGCGGUUUUACUCUGACCUGCUCGAUCCGUGCGUGAUUGGCGCGCUGGCUGCGCCUUGCGCCACUGCUGCGAGCUCCGCGCGCCGGGAGCAUAAGUCCCCCAUCCGCGGAACCCAGAGCGGAGGAGAGGGAGAAGGGAAGCGCCGCGUGGGCGGAAAUAGCGGGGGAAGCAGUGGGCGCGCGGCUGGCGGAAGCGUACAGAGCCCUCUUUGCGGAAGGGGAUCCCGCGGAGGGGUUGUGCGAGGGGGGUUGGCUGCGGCGGCAACCGCGGCUGCUGCUGCGACUGGCCCCUGUCGCGUUGUGUCGCUGUGCUGA